UGACCGCUAGCUUCAUGUCAGCCAUACCCGCGGUCCUGAAUUCUUCCAGAGGGAGGAAAGAGGGGGCGAGGGAGUGACUGAAGGGGGGGCUGCUGCACGGGACGCCGGAUCCGAUUUCCCCCCGCGUUUGACCCGGUUGAGGAACCAGAACCGAGUUAUCUGCUGGAAAGGAAAGCAGCUCGGGGGGCUACUUCCACAGCUAGCUAGCUAGCGACCGCCAUCUCCUCUGAGCCGGAGCGAGCGCCGUGUCUUCCAGCGCCAUGGGGAACGCCGCCACCGCCAAGAAGGGCAACGAGCUGGAGAGCGUCAAAGAGUUUCUAGCCAAAGCCAAAGAAGAUUUCUUACGCAAAUGGGAAUGUCCACCACAGAGCACGACGUGCCUAGAUGACUUUGAAAGACUGAAGACCCUGGGCACCGGCUCGUUUGGAAGAGUCAUGCUGGUGAAACACAAAGGAACGGAGCAGUACUUUGCCAUGAAAAUACUGGACAAGCAGAAGGUGGUGAAACUCAAGCAAAUAGAACACACACUGAAUGAGAAGAGGAUAUUACAGGCUGUGAGCUUCCCUUUCCUCGUCAAACUCGAGUACGCUUUUAAGGACAACUCCAAUUUGUACAUGGUGAUGGAGUAUGUUCCAGGGGGCGAAAUGUUCUCGCAUCUAAGACGAAUUGGGAGGUUCAGUGAACCACAUGCACGAUUUUAUGCCGCUCAGAUAGUUUUGACUUUCGAGUAUCUCCAUUCACUAGAUCUCAUAUACAGAGAUCUGAAACCCGAGAACCUCCUCAUCGACCACCACGGCUACAUUCAGGUGACAGAUUUUGGAUUUGCCAAAAGGGUAAAAGGCAGAACCUGGACGUUGUGUGGGACGCCUGAAUACCUGGCACCAGAAAUCAUUCUCAGCAAAGGAUACAACAAAGCUGUGGACUGGUGGGCCCUUGGUGUUCUCAUCUAUGAAAUGGCAGCUGGCUACCCUCCUUUCUUUGCAGAUCAACCCAUUCAGAUCUAUGAGAAGAUUGUUUCUGGAAAGGUACGAUUCCCCUCCCACUUCAGCUCAGACUUGAAGGAUCUGCUGAGAAACCUGCUGCAGGUGGAUCUGACCAAACGCUACGGCAACCUGAAGAACGGCGUCAACGACAUCAAAGGCCACAAAUGGUUCGCCACAACGGACUGGAUUGCAAUUUAUGAGAGAAAGGUGGAAGCUCCAUUCAUACCAAAGUGCAGAGGCCCAGGGGACACCAGCAACUUUGACGACUACGAGGAAGAGGAAAUUCGCGUUUCUUUAACGGAAAAGUGUGCAAAGGAGUUUGCAGAGUUUUAGUGCGUGAGAACAUGGAUAUAUCAGGGAAUAUAAGGGGAUCUUUGCACUCUUCUAAAGACUUGGGAUGGAGCAGAGACCAUCGUCUUUCAGAUCUAAUACAUAGUCCCUUCAUUCCACACGGCUGAAUGAGGUCGCCAGGAUUCUUGGGUGCCGAUAACCUCUCACUGUCACGUGCACCUGCGUAUUAAAGCAGACACAAGCAAAAGGCUUUUCUUUGUUUUGUUUUUUUGUACCUACCUACUGUUUUUUCGUUUUCACUUUUGAGCAGUUAGUUUUCAAUGUUCCCAUUUUGUAAUGUGAUUCCUUUUUUUCCCCACUUCGAGGAAAAACUGAGACAAUGGCCAAUUAUAGUCCACAAGUUGUAAGCAACUUGUCUGUGGAAGUUUGGCAUGCACUUGCGUGGGCUGUGGGAUGUUCCCUGUAGUUGUCAGCGGUGUACGUUUAAUGUUACAGGUCUAUAACUUUUGGUUGGCUUUCGGAGGUAAAAAUUGUUCUGUGUGCACUGUAUGUGUCAGUUCUGGAUGUUUAAAGCAUGACCAAAUGGAAAUCAUUGGGUGACAUGAGAGGAUCCUUCCUUUCUGUGCUUUUUGCCUUAGAAAGCCAAGUCCUCAGACUCCCAGUAAAGCAUCCAUCCACUGUCUUGUUGGUGAUCUGACCCAGGCACAGCAAGCCAUCUGAGAAAAUGGCAUACCUUGUUACAUUAGUACAAAGCAAAUCCAUAUAUAUUUUGAUCCUUUUGGAUCUUUUAGUUACAGUUUGUCAUUUUGUAUUUGAUUUUUUUGUUGCUGUGUUUAAUAUUAUAGUCAUAUUGUCUGUUUCAGGUCUGCAUAGAAAGUCUGCGGAACAGUGUGACCUCUGUAAAUGAAAAGGAAGCAAAGACAAGUGGAAUCCUAUGUAGGAUUUAACAGAGUGUAAUUUGAAGCUGAAAUAUCAGUGUGAAUAGAGUUGUGGCCUUGCGCCUCAACGUCGUUAGUAAAGCCUUUAAGACAUAACGAAUUUCUAAUGUGUUAUAUCAGAUAUGUUUUAUCAGACUGGAUUACAACAAAAUGGCAUUUUCCUUUAUUCCCCCUGGUAGCACCCCCACACACACUUCUUUAUCUCAUUCUUGUGAAAAGAAUGUACAUUUGCAACUUAUAGGUAUGCAUAUCUGAAAGCUUGACUUCAAGGUACGGUUUUCCUCACAACACACUGGCUCAAAACAACUGCUCCUUUAUAUCACAUGUAACCCUGUUAUCGUUAAGCUCAUUACAUUAUACAUAUAUGCAUUGUUUCAUAUGUUUUUAUUUAUACACAUUAGAGAUGCUAAUAAAUUUUAUUUUUAAAAGUGU